AUGCCAUUAGCAGAACUAAGGAGAAGAGCGAUAUCAGAUGAGCGAGAAUUUGAAGAAAUGACGGUUCUGAUGAAUGUCAUCUCAUCAGGACCGGAUCUUGCAGCGAAUGAAGUUAGAACAUGGGCCUUGGGCGACGCAGCUGAAAAUGAGCAAAUAACAUUUUCUGAUGAAGAUUUGGUAAACAUUGCAUUAAGCGGCAACAACGAUGACACCCCUGAAGACGCUGAAGAUUAUGAAAAUUUAGCAGUUGUGAGUCACGGUGAAGCCGUGCGAUGUUUUACUGCUUGCAUAGAGUGGGCGACAGAGAACAGUGUAAGCGGUCCAGAACUGCUAAUUCUUCGCCAGUUACAGGAAAAAGCAGUGAAUUUACGCUUUAAGCCGCAUAAGCAAACUGUAAUAACUGAUUUCUUUACCCAAUAG